AGCGGCACACAUCUGGACAGCGCGGGAGUCAGCUGGAUCCAACUUACUUUGGUAUCGAUAUUUGUAAAACACACAUAUAUUAUGAUCAUUUAGUCAUUUGAAGACGCUGCCGGACAGAACGUGUUCAUGGAUGCUGGAGAUAAAACAGCUGGAUGGAAAGCAGGAAACAUCUGCAACUGGAUGUGACACCACGUGACUUUUUCGCUUGAAGCCUACGGAAAAAAAACGUUGAUAUUCCGGUGACAUGAACACGACUGCAAGAGAGGAAUGAAUCGCGCGAUUUCUGCCGAGGAGAUGCGCUCUGCGCCUAAAAAAGGAUCAAAAUUUUCCAAAUCUUUCCCGAGCAAGCGCUUCGUCAAGCUUGGGAGGAAGACAAGUGAAGGCUCCCUGCACUCAUCUUCUUCCACCAGUCCAUCAGCUGAAACAGAUGUGACCUUCAGACAGCCGAGCAAGAGCCGCUUACAUCGUCAUGCCAACCGACUCUCCGGUGUCUUCUUCCCUGCAUCUGCCUCAAGCUCAGGCUCCUUGGCUUUGGGUUCAGGUGUCAGGUGGUCAUACCGGGACAAGAAGAGAUGCAAUGAUCUGGAAUCAGACAACGACUGCGAGCUGUCCAGUCAGAUCACGGCUCCUGGAAUCCUGAAGGUGUUCGGAGGUGAGAUCUGUAGAGGGGCCCACUACAAGAGUGUUCUGGCCAGCACCAACUCCAGUGCAGCAGAGCUGGUCAAGGAAGCUCUGGAUAGGUAUGGGCUAGGGAAGGAUGAGGCGGAUUCAUAUGUUCUGUGCGACACCAUUGGCUCCAUCAGCAGCCACCAAUGGAAGACAAAAGGUUUCAGAGUGGUGGGCAGCAAUGAGAAACCCCUCCUGCUACAAUCACUGUGGAAGCCGAGAGAAGGUCUUGCAAGACGGUUUGAGAUCCAGAAGAGAAGCUGGGUGGAGGAGCAGGCCUCCAAAGACAGAGACACCAUCACAGCUGGCAUCAAUGCUCAGGCUCGAAGGUUGCAAAAGAGCCAUUCCAGAGUCAAGUCAACGCUCAUCGAGAAGAAGACCGACCAACAGGGUCAUGGGAGGAACAGAAGUGUGUUGGAUCUGUCUCACGUUGGUAAAACCAAAGACGAGCUGAUCAGUCGUCUGGAGGAAUCUCUGGGCCAGGGCUCUAAUGCUCCAUCAGAAAGCUUCAAAGAAGAUUAUGUACAACUAACAUCUGCACCGGAGGAAGAAAGUGAGCAGCAGGACGAAACAGAGACCCUCUGUCCAUUAGAGUCAGGAGGUGAGAGGGAAGCAGAGGAGUCAGAGAGGGAGGAGACGGAGAGCAGUGAUGACAACAACACACAGUUCUCCAUUCACCCUCCUCGGGAUUGCCCAUACCUCCUCCUGCUGCAGGGCUACAGCCUCACACAGGACUUUGUUAUCUACCUGCUGGCAAACCCGACCAUUCUGAUUGGAAGCUCCCACGGCACUGCGAACGAAUCAAAGCCAGAUAUCGUCCUCGCGUCACCCGACAUCCUGCCCAAACAUUGCUGUCUUCAUCGCCACAGCUUGCCCAGUCCCACUGUCCUCCGCCCUUGUCAGGGAGCCAGCGUCAUGAGGAAUGGUGAGGUUGUCAAAGAGGAAGUACUACUGGCUCCAGGGGAUGUCAUUGGACUGGGUCACAACUACUUGUUUCUUUUCAAGGAUCAUUUAAGCAACAAGGAAGAAACAUGUUGCAAACUGACUCAGUCGAGUGUGUCUCCAGCUGCUGGGUUAAUGCUGCAUCCAAACUCUGCCACUGAAAGUAAAGAGAAGAUCAUGGCCACCUUGAGCCCCCCCUUCAUUACCUCACCAGAGGGCCACUACUUCACGCUGAGCUACCAGCCAGAGGAUGAAGCAAGAAUCAUCCGUGAGAUAGUUGCAAUGGGGGACAGAAAAACGGAGCACAGGCCUCCGCUGUCAGUGGCCUUCCUGCUUUGUGUGUGUCUUCAGUGCUCCUCAGCACGUCUGCAGACUUCCGACCUGCGCAGACUGCUGCUGCUCACUGCAAAUGGAGUCCAGAGCUCUGUGUGGGAUUACACAAAAAAGUUGGCUGCAGCACAAAAUGAAGUCACUGUGGGUGUUGGCUCCUGCCAGGAUCUUAUCUCAGGACUGCGCCCCCUUGUGACAUGGCUCUCCAACAGCUUGGAAUUGUUGCAAUUCAUCCAGAGUGAUUUGCUGAUGAUCCUACGAUUGAGGGCUGAGAAUGAGAGAGAAGAAGAAGGGAAAGGAAGAGUGGCGCAAGAUGAGCGUUUGGCUGCCAUGGAACUUCAGUUAUCUCAGGUCCAAUCUGCUAGUGAGGAAACCACAACUGUGUUGGAAGAAGUCAUCAUGCUCUGUUUCCAGCAGUGUGUUUACUAUAUCACUAAGGUUCUGCACCCCAUUCUUAUGGGCCUGUUGGACUGCAACCCAUUCAGAGAGAGCGCGGGCUCACCGACAAGUGGUGGGCUGAGGACUCCCUAUGAGCUGGAGCAACUUGUGCUUGUCUUGAGUGAGACAGGACGGCUUCUGUCCGAGCGCCUGCUCCACCCCGAGAUGUCCUCACAGCUUAUGGCCUACCUCUUCUACUUCAUCAAUGCUUCGCUCUUCAACUCCCUGAUGGAGAGAGGCUCAGAGCCGGGUUUCUAUCAGUGGUCUCGAGGUGUGUGUAUGCGGGCAAACCUGGAUCUGCUCCUGGACUGGGCUCACGCCGCUGGACUGGGAGAACUAGCCUUGGAGCACACACUCACAUUCUCGACUGCAACUAAUCUGCUGGCGACGCCUCGGAAAAAUUUACUGCAGACAUCUUGGGCAAGCCUUCGACGUGAAUACCCCACUCUGAGUCCGGCACAACUGAACCACCUUCUGAGUUUUUACAGUCCAGCGUCUCCGUGCCGACACAUCUGGACCCCGUCUGUUGAGGACCGAGCGGCAGCACACGACACUGCGGAUAUUUUGGAGGACUUUGAUGAGCAUCAUCCACUGGUCCUACCAGAUGUUGGAGAUGAGUUUCAUCUCAGAGGCAUGGUCACUGACUGUGGCCUGGCGGAGCAACUGAACCAGCUUCAAGAGUUUAUAAAGAACCUCAACAACUCAAAUUCCAUCAAAGACUCUGUCGCUCAGCCCUUCUCCUCCUAUAUGUUGGACCUCUCCUGCACCAAACACUUGUCCCGGACACUGCAGAACACAGAGCUGCAGGCUGCUGAGUUGGAGUCUAGUGAGGACAUGAGGCUAGAUCUGGACCGUUUCAUCACUGAUGCCGACACCCCCAAACUAGAGUCAGAUAUCUGGAAAAGAAUUGAUAUUGACUCUUCUCCACAUGGUUCCACUGUUGAGACACUUGAAGACGGUGGAUUAGUCUCUGAAUGUCUUGCUGCACUAAAGGUUGGCCAUUUCAAGCCAGGUGGCAGCACCAGCAGAGGAAUAUCUGCUUUGAUUGAAGAAGAGGAGGAAGAAGAGCUUUUGGAAAGCAACAGUGAGCUGUUUAGCCUGGAGCUACGGCGGGGCAAAAGAGGGCUUGGUCUCAGCCUAGUUGACACAAGUGAGACUUCUUUCAAGGUGAAAGGCAUGCUCGUGGGGGCAGUGAUUCCUGACUCCCCUGCAGGUCGCUGUGGGAAACUUCGCCCCGGUGAUCAGAUCUUGGCUGUUAAUGCAGUCAGUCUGAUUGGUCUGGACUAUCACAGUGGGAAGGAGCUGAUCCAAACGUCAGGGGAUAGGCUGAAGCUGCUGGUGGCACCAUCAGGCUGGACACACCAGACCAUGAGGACUGAUUGCUGACUCAACCAUUUCCUCAUCAUUUAUAACAUUGCCAUGAUAAAUUUGGGUGGUUG